CAUUAGAUAGAAAUCAUAAUGGUAAUGGUGCUUAUAUGGAUUUAAUAAAAGCAUUUGAAGAGAAGGAAAUAACUGUAAAUGUUAUUAAGGACUUAAGUGAAUCAGAAUUAAUUAAAUUAGGAGUUACCAAAAUCGG